AUGGCUAUUUGCUCUUUGCCUCCUAUUAUGUCCCUAAAACCAGCCCAUGUUGCUUCCUUUACUAUCAUUUUAGUCCUUGCCCUAUCAUUUUCAGGCCAUGUUGAUGGCUUGACUGCACAAACAGUUAUAGACUCUCCUCUGUUGACACAAAAAAUUGGCACCAAUCGGACAAUCAAGGUCGAUAUCAAUGGCGAUGGAGAUUUUACGUCGGUCCAAGAGGCCAUAAAUGCUGUUCCGAAAAACAAUUCUCAGUGGAUUAUCAUCCAUCUCAGGAAAGGAGUUUACAGAGAAAAGGUACACGUUCCCAAGAAUAAGCCGUAUAUAUUCAUGAGAGGGAAUGGCAAAGGAAGGACAGCCAUUGUCUGGUCCCAAAGCUCUGCUAAUAACAAGGCAUCUGCAACAUUUACCGUCGAAGCCCCCAAUUUCGUUGCUUUCGGUAUUAGCUUCAAGAAUGAGGCACCAACAGGGAUGGCUUUUACAUCACAAAACCAGUCUGUGGCGGCAUUUGUUGGUUCGGACAUGGCUGCAUUCUACCACUGUGGGUUCUACAGCACCCAUAACACUUUAUUUGAUUACAAGGGGAGGCAUUACUAUGACGAUUGCUACAUUCAGGGCUCAAUUGACUUCAUCUUUGGCCGUGGCAGGUCCAUUUUCCAUAGCUGUGAAGUCUUUGUGAUUGCUGACAUGAGGGUGGAUAUUCUUGGGUCCAUUACAGCUCAUAAUAGGGAAACAGAAGAUGACAGUGGGUUUGUUUUUAUCAAAGGGAAGUUUUAUGGCAUUGGUAAUGUGUACUUAGGAAGAGCUAAAGGCGCCUAUUCCAGGGUGGUUUUCGCAAAAGCCUAUCUUUCUAAGACCAUUGCACCUAAGGGCUGGACUAAUUGGAGCUAUGCUGGCAAAACAGAGAAUCUUUACCAGGCAGAAUACAAGUGCCACGGACCAGGAGCCGAUCCUGAGAACCGCGCCCCUUGGUCGAAACAACUUACUGAGGAAGAAGCUAAAAGCUUCAUGUCAAUUGAUUUCAUAGAUGGCAAGGAAUGGCUCCCAGUUUGGCAAAAUUAG